AUGAGCUUUGAUGGAUCCGGCUCACAUCCUCAAUUCCCUGGUGCAAAUACCACCAAUGGUUUCUAUACGGAAAUACACGUCCCACGAGAUGGUAGAAAUCACUAUACCCGUUCUUCUUCUACUCCAGGAAACAUACCAAGAGCUACGCCGCCUCGGGCUCGUCCUCGUCCAGCAUCGAGCAACCUGCGAUACAACUCUCGAGGUCAGGUAGAUCCCGAUGGACAUACCAUCAACGAAUGGCAGUCAAGAUUCGGAGAAUGGUUCGACGAGAAUUACGAUGCUAGUGAUCGGCUGACGAGAGAAAGGCUAAAUAUGGAUUUCGUGGAUUACAUCACCUCUGGAAGAGCUGUUGAACUUAACGGGUAUGAAUCUCCUUAUCCAUCUGGACCAACACGAUCUUUCAAGCAUGAUAACAGCAAUCAUCAUCAUCCGACUGACCCGAAUUUCUCUACAUAUAAGUCACCGAAAGCACGAAAAUCGUAUCCUCCAUAUGAAGAUGAUGAUGGAUAUGACAUUUUCCCAUCUAGAGGUAAAGGUAGUAGACGAUCAACAUGGUCAGACUCUUAUCGCCGACCAUCUCACAGGACUUCGGCCAGAUCACACAGAUCAAGUGGUUCCCAGUCGUCAGGUUUUAUUGGAUCUGUGUUCCAAGCCGUUGGGGACCUGUUUGUAUCGCCAUCGCAUCGUAGAUCUAGCCCAUUGGACAAGGGACCUGGAAGCACAAAGGUUAAAUAUGAGACGCGGAGACGUUCAAAUGGUCAAGGAGCAUUCAUAAGGAGUAGGGGAAGGUAG